AUGGAUGAACACCACCGGUCCCCACGCCAUGGGGCCCCUGUGCGCGCGGCCAUUGUGCUGUCCGUGCUGCUGGACCCGGCCUUCCUCUUGACGCGGGAGCUGCAGGAUCUUCCGAGCGCAGCCCCCGUCCCCAGUCUGCGCGUGACCUUCGACCCCCGGAGGCUGGAGCUGACCUGGGACUGCGACGAGGACCCCACCUACGUCGAGUGCGUCAUGCUGCACCCGGACAAGGGCCCGAUUUCCUUAAAGCCCUGGAAGAAAGAAUGUCGCUGCGCCCGGGGCUGCCUGAUAGCAUCCCACUGA